GAAAAUUAAAAAAAGAUAAGAGUAAACAGAAUUUAAAAUUAAUCUACAUGGAGGUAGAAAUAGACAUUAGUCGCGGAACGUUAUUAACAAUAUGAUCUUAUAUUAUUGAUUAUUUACAAAAUGUUAUCGAACGAUCUGUUUGAGCGUUUUUGAAAUCGGUGUUUGUGAGACUGUCGCCAUCUCGUAAGGCGAUUUGAGUUUGCAUCGGAGUGCAUAAGUAGCGCGUCGAUUCGACGUGACAUUUAACUUUUGGACGACGGUGCUCGGUGUGAACGACUUUCUAGAGUGGUAACAUUCACCAAACGUGUCAGCGAACAGUGCAAAAUGUCAUCGGGCGUGAUAGAUAUCCUUGUGGACAUGGGAUUUAGCAUGUCUAAGGCGGAGAAGGCCCUGGAGAUCACCGGUAACAAAGGUGUGGAGCCAGCGAUGGAAUGGUUGCUGGCCCAUUCGGACGAGGCCGAACCCGCGCCAGAACCCUCCGUAGGCGAGAGCGCCCCGGCACUAGCUGCCGACGCGCCGAUACAGGAUGAUGUCGCCGGUGCUAGCAGUCAAACAGUCUCUACCACUGAGACGGCCAAAUCUAUGAAAUGCGACGUAUGUGGAAAGCUCUUCAAAUCUAACUUAGAAGUUGAAUUUCAUGCCACAAAGUCUGGGCAUGAUAGAUUUUCCGAAAGUACAGAAGAGAAAAAGCCACUUAGCGAAGAGGAGAAACGGGAGCAAUUGAAGAUGCUGGAGGAAAAACUAAAACAGAAAAGGAAGGAGAGAGAGGAACAGGAAAAGAAAAAUGCAUUUGAAAGAGAGAAGAACAGAAUACGAUCAGGAAAGGAAAUGUCCGAAGCCAGGAAAAAAUUAGAAGAAUUAGAAAUGCAGAAGCUUCUGGAGCAAAGAAAACGAGAGAAGGCAGAGGAGAAGGAAGCCAAGCAACGAGUCAGAGCGCAGAUCGAAGCUGAUAAAGCGGCAAGACGAGCUAAAGCGGCUGCUGAAAGCAGUCCGUCAGUUAAUACAGUUUCAGCUCCAUUACCUAUAAUAUCUUCAUCUGCAUCUACACAUCAUAGGAAGGAUUACACCGAAACCAGGCUCCAGCUUAGGCUCACCAAUGGACAAACCUUGACACAAAGCUUUGGAAGCAAGGAACAAUUGUCUGCAGUGAGACUAUUCAUCGAAAUGAAUAGGACAGAUGGUAAUGGUCCUUUCCAGUUAAUGACCACUUUCCCCAAGAAAGUGUUUACAGAUGAGGACUACGAUACACCAUUGGACGUGUUAGGCCUAGUACCCUCGGCAGUCGUGAUCGUUCAAAAGAAAGUGGAAUGAUGUAGCCAGUAAUGUCCUUUAUAUACAUCAUUUGACUUACCUAUGCGUGACGCAUAGAAGAUAUAGCAAGAGAACACACGAUGCUAUGUUAUACUUGAACAUCCUGCUGAGAACCCGUUUCAUUCGAACUGAGAGAGUGGAGCCUGAUCCGAGGGAACAACGGAGUUAAAUGCGUUUAAUGUGCUCCCACUACGUUUUUCGCAGUUACCACCACUACUACUUUUAUCGUUCUUUAUAUUGUAUGAUCGGAUCGGCAGAUGAUAGUUUUCUACCUGAUCUCGUUGCGAAUUCUAACGGUCUGUAUUUUACUGCCAUAUGCUCGAAUGAGGCAUUCUAAUCACGAGCGUUAAAUUUAAUAUAACUGCAUUUAAUAUCGCACAAAGUAACUUGUAAAAAAUAAUUUAAGCUUGGUACAAAAAUAAAUUUUAGAGAA